AUGUGUAUAAAGUUUGAGAGUGAAGAGAUUUUGAUUAUUGGAGAUUAUUGCAGCAAGAGUGAUUCGAAAGAGGAAGGUCGAGGAAAAAGUACGGUCGUUUGCGUUGCGUGAAGACUAAGAGAUUCAGAAAGCGACAAAUUGUCAACAAGGAGAAGCAAAACGCAGUUACCGUGGUUUCGUAACCGUUGUGAUAAGCAUCAAUAUCAUUGUUCUUCUUUUAGUGUUUUUUGGAAGAGUAGGUGUUUUUAUACUUGUUUUUGUAUUGUAUGUUGUUGCUUUUCACAAAGUUUAUGUUGCGAUGUUGUGGAGAUUGUGUAUUUUCAGCAAGUUUUAUAAGGGGAGGAGUGUACUGAUGUUAGUCACGUUGCUGGAGAACGUGUGGAGGAAACUGUUCAUAAGAAAAGUGUUGUUGUAGAGGAAAUAUAGGAAGUGGAACUGACAUCUGUUCGUGCGCAAAUUAUUUAUCAGUUAUGAAAGAAAUUAUAAUCGAAACGUGGAAUUUGCCGAAAAGUAAUUAUAGCAUACAGGUUCUUCAUAACAGAAUUUGAAACAGGAUACUUAAAAUCGUAAAUUCAAAUUUCUAGAUGACGGCGACGCAGGACUAUGACGUGGCCCAACGGCGUCGUCGUGCGAAAGUCGUCAAUUCGUAAGCUCCCUAUUAGCGGAGAUGACCCCUCCUACUAGCAGACAUAAGACAUCUGUUACUCAAAGGAGAAACGUAAGGGUAUUUGUGCGGAAGGGUAUCCGGAAAAAUAUAAUUUCUGACCAUUCCUCCGCAUUCAUAAUUAAUUUCACAACCAGGACGCCGAAGUGCAAGCUCACAUAGCAUCUUGUUUAACAAAAAACUCGCGCGGACACUGUCACUAUCCUCUAUAGCGAGCGUUUUCGCGCGAGUUCGUUACAAAUUGCCAAACAGGCCACACGGACACUAGCCAUACUCUAAAAACCCUAAAAAAAUAAAGAAAAGAUAACCCCAGAAGAAGAGUCCACCAAGCAUGUCGUUGGCCUGUCGAUCGAUAAGUGGACGAAUUAUCAUACCGACCAACACGAUUGGUCGACAUAUCAGUCGAUACGCGGUCGACCCAUAGGUAAACCUGAAGACCGACACUCGACCGCCUAAAAUACAGAUAUAAUGUUGGCAGAGACAUCGGCGAAGAGUUGGCCGAUAUAUAUGUCGGACAACGUGUCGACCGAUACUCGACCGUGGGUGCCUUCAGUGCACAAGAUCCUUCAAUUCUUGUUCUUGGCGAAGGAUCUCAGAGCAAUCCUGCAUGUCCUGUCAUCCUGUUUACCGAUCUUUUGCACAAUUUCCGCAUAUGA